GUGAGUAAAUAUAAAUACUCACAUGGGGACUAAAACAGCGACUCAUAGAGAGACUCAGACGGCUCUGAGAGAGGAUCACUGUGAUGAAAGCCGCCGAACGCGAAAGUGAAACUUAAGCAGCCGCGCGGACGAACGGGUUGCUUACAAACAGCAGGUAAGAAACGAGCCGCGACGAGAAGGAGAAGAAGGACAGGAGGAGUAGAGGAAGAAGAGGAGGUCCCUGGGAAUUCCCAGCUUUCCGCAGAUAUUAGGGGACAGGAGGCGGAUCGGGGUCAGUGGGGUGUCCGCAGGCGGCCGAGAGCGCGAGUCCAGGGAGCGAGACGGCACAAGCGCGUUCGGGUAGCGCCUCGGCCCUCGGAGGUCUUCAUCGGAGGUUCUGUGGCGGAGGAGCAGCUCUUCAGAAUCCACUGUCACACAAGGGAGUGGUCACAAGACUCCUUGAGUGGGCCUGAACUGUGGUCUGACUUCCGGAACAUUCUGCGGUGUGUCAGAGCAAGCAGCAUGGCCCGUCCAUUGAGCUGGCUUCUGAUGCUACUGCUGGUGCUAAUCUGGGUGCUGCCCAUUGCGGGAAGUGCCACACUGCCAGAGCUCUGCAAGUCGCUCAACACACUGAAGGCCAGGCUGCACUCUGGAGACCGCCGGCAGUUCAUGAAGCACAACUUCCCCCUGAACUACACGGUCCAAGUUAGGCCACAGGAGGUCUUCAGACUACGCAAUAUCAGCAAGCUGAUGAGUAUGGUGCCAGACCUGGAGAUCGGGGACUUGCAGGAGCUGUGGUUGCUUAUCAACCAAGAGGUUCUCAAAAAGGUUCUGCAGAUAUUGCCAGAGAGACACCCGUCACGGCAUUACGUUUCCAGCCUCCAGGAUCUUCUGCGCAUGGUGCAGCAAGUCUUCCAGCAGCCGCAGAAUGGGGAACAUGAGGAGGAGGAGCGAGAUCCCCUUGAGCAGAUAGAGCAGAUCUGGGCCCAGCUGAGGGACCCCAACAGUGCCGUGUGGAAGCUGAUGUCCCCAAAGGCCCUGGUGGACAACUGCUACAGGACCAUGCACUGCCUCUUCAGUGACUGCUUUCCAAGCAGCAACAGUGACAGCAAGGAACACUACUGCAGCAUCCUGCACUGGAGGAAGGGAAAGAAGCAGCAGACCAAAGAUGCCUAGGUGUGGUGCACUUUCCUAGCUGCCACACUCAGCUCCAGGCUGGCGGCUCCAACACUCCACCUGCAGAUGUCCCUCUGCCACCGUCCAUCCACGCGUUGUCUCUAUGCAGCCACGUGUGGUUGCCAGACGGCUUUGGCGCUCUACAUUGCUCUGCCUCAGUCACCUUGGUCUGUGAAAGUGUGUGUGGGAGAGCCUGAAGGAGCAGCAGGCUGUAUGUCAAGUCCCAGUCAUGGGGCAUACCGUUGUUUCAUCCACCCUGCCCUGUAGCCAAACUAGUCAAGCUCAUGAGCUUCACCAAGAUGUUAAGCUGUUAGAACAGGCAUGCUGAGGUGAGCUGCUUUCUGGUGCAGGGCCGUAAACUGCCGCUCCGCUCUGCCGGAUGACUCGCUGGUUGAGUCGGUUACCGUCCAAUAUAAGGCCUCGUGUGUUUCAACAUGUUUAUUUCCAUGGUGGGGUCUGGACCACAACCAUUAAUGAAGAGGCAGAAUAAAAUUAUUUUUUAUACUGUAGCCACAAGCCUUUCUUUUGUACAGCUUUCACUUGUUUUUUCUAUUUAUUGUGUAGGCAGAUGAUUUUUAUAAUAAAGGUACUGCGUCCUCUUGUCUUACUCUGCCCCUCCUGCUUUUGCUCUCGCUCUCGUCUUUCUCUUGGAUCACAUGCUGGCCUUCACGCCUGUCUCGGUUUACAUCUGCAGUUAGACCACCACAGGAACAUCUCCAAACAUGUUCUCAGUUAUCAGGUUUAGGAAACUGAACCAGUGCUAAGCUAGAUCACACAUCGAGCUCAUGCACUCCUUGUCCUGCUUCACAUGCCUUACCCUCCCAGGAUAGGCUCCACCCCAUUCUGACCCUGCAAUGAACAAGCUGUUAAUAACAGAUGGAUUUUGAUGUCUUGCUCAUAUUUAUUGUAACUUGCAUUGGAUGUAUAGCCCCAUAUUUCUUUGAUCUGUGUUAUAAGGAGCUUUGAGAAGCCACUUUUAAAAUGUAUUGUGUAAAAUAAAGAUUAGAAUGCCAGCUAAUGCAGUAAUUCUCUUAACGUAAGCAAUAAUCAGUA